AGUUAUGUUGCAAAAGUUGUUCGUGACCAACAAAAAAUGAAUGAUCCAACGGAUACAGAAGGGCAGCGUUUAAUAGAGGAACAAAUUCGUUUAAAAAAUAUAAUAAUGGCAAGAAAUUAUGCGAUAGAACAUAUGCCUGAAGCAUAUAUUCCAGUUAAUAUGCUUUAUAUUAGUAUUAAAAUCAAUGGAGUUCUCACGCAGGCAUUCAUUGAUACCGGAGCACAAUUGUCUAUUUUAUCCGACAGCGAAGCACUUCGGUGUGGAUUGCUUGAUGUCAUGGAUAAAGCGUAUAAUGUAACGGUUCACGGUGUUGCGGGCAAAAUGGAAUGUAUUGGCAAAAUUCAUGCUUGUGUAGUGCAGAUCGGUGAUAACUGCUAUCACUGCAAUUUCGAAGUGUUAUCGGGACAAGCAACACCAGUUUUAAUUGGUCUCGAUUUUCUUCGAAGGCAUCUUUGCGUCAUCGAUUUGAAGAAUGAUUGUUUGAGGUUUUAUUUCUUGCUGCAUGUUUUAAACCCACUCCUCAUUGCAUUCUGCAAGUAUAUAUCAUUUUUCAGCUUCGGUGAUUCCUCAAAAACAAAGUUUUUGAGUGAUGCAGAAAUAAACAUUUCCCACCACCAUCACCAAUAA